ACCUUUCUCGGUGACCAGCGAUUAUUAUCAUUAAUUAGUGAGUAAAAUUGUAUAAAAAUAAAAUUAUACAUUCAAAUUAUUCAGUAACCAGACAAAAAAAUCAGAAAGCAUUUUUUGUAAUUGUCCAAAAGUACCGUUAUUCAUGCAAUAAAGAUAGCAAUUUUACUCAUUUAUAACUUCAGAAGCUCAAUUUAAAAGCUACAAGAAUAAUUAAAUGUAGUUAUAUUUCGUCGCUUCAUUCUUCAGAUAUUAUAUUCACUAGGUAGUCCCUUUAUCCUACAGGCAACACUCGCACGAUUUUUAUAGACUAACAACAUUACUUUUUUUUUUUUUUUUUUUUUUUUCUUCACCCGCAUUACGUCUGUUGCGACACCUUUCAUUCCUUUUUCGUGCGAGGCAACGAGCGCACGCGCCUAGUAAAAAUGCCGAAACGAAGUGCUCAGGAGAAAUUGGAAAGAUACAAGCGGAAAAUCAGAAGAUUGGAGCGAAAAGAAAACGAGCAUAAACACUGGCGUCGAAUCCAACAACAGUUCGAUUCCUCUGAGGAUGAAAACAUUGCAGAUACAAACGACGCCGAUCCUCGAGGAGAACAGGAGGGGGCCCCCGCUCCGCAAGUAACACCGGACGUCGUGGAUGCUGAGACCGCCCUGUCAACGGAGACAAUGCAAGAAUCCGCUUUGGAUCCUGAACUAUUGUCUGCACUGGGAUCGUCAACAUCGGAUGCGCCAGACUUUGGAGAUGAGGUACACGGUAGCUUAGCGACCUUGUGGACACCUUUGUUGAAAAAAGGGCUACCUAAAGAGGAUAAAGAUAAACUCAUGAAGGAGCACCUCAUACCGAGUAACUGUAUGUUACUGCAAGCACCAAAGUUAAACGUUGAAAUAUCAGCGGCAGUUUCGGAACUAGUCAGAGGACGAGACAAAAAACUAGUUUGCUUCCAGCAACAACUGGGAAACGGAACAGCUGCUAUUAACAAAGCUAUGGAUACUUUGUUAAAAUCAGAUAAUAAAGUUCUUGCCCUGAGAUAUUUAAGCGACGGCUGUCGGCUGCUUUCCGAUUUGCAUUACUGCCUUACCAAGGACAGAAUAAAAUUAAUAACUCCAAGUCUUGAAAAGAAUUUCCUCCACGUCAUUCAAGACACGGAACGGGACGAAACUUUGUAUGGUAACUUGCUAUCAGAGAAAAUAAAGGCCAGUAAGGCCAUCGAAAAGCAGGGUUCCCAAAUAAGGAAACCAACUUCAAAACCCAACAGUGGCCAACCCGUGGUCGCAAGUCCUGCCCACCAGGGAAACUGGUCAGGACCUCCUCGUUACCCGGCGAACAGGGGGGGGCGGGGAGGUCAGAGGAGACCGCCACCAUUGGCGCCACGGCGGCCAUACCCGACGCAAACACAAACCCAAGCGAAGAGUUCUUACGCUUCGAAGACUCGUGCAUCCCAGCAGAAAUAGCUCAGGUACAUGCAGGCAGAAUACGCUUAUUUCUUUCUUGUUGGUCUCAUAUUACUAAUAACAAUGUAGUAUUGUCAUGGAUAGAACACGGCUUUUCUAUCCCCUUUAGUACACGGCCGUUUCAAUCUAUAGUGCCGUCGUGUAACUUUACUCACGACGAAGCGGUCGACAUGCAAGUAGCAAUUAAUAAAUUAAUAGAAUUAGGAGCCAUAUCAAGCUGCAUGCAAAGUCACGACCAGUUUAUAUCUAAAAUAUUUUUAGCACCUAAGACUAAUGGAGGUAAACGUUUUAUUUUAAACUUAAAAUCGUUAAAUAAAUUUAUAACAAAUACCCACUUUAAAAUGGAGGAUCAUAGAACGGCAUCCAAACUAAUUCCCCAAGGCGGUUUUCUAGCAACAAUUGACCUCAAAGAAGCCUAUCUAUUAGUACCUAUAUCAAAAUAUGACCGAAAGUAUUUACGAUUUAAUUUUCAAGCUCCGGGUUCUGAAACUUUACAAACAUAUGAGUUCAAUGCCAUGCCUUACGGAUUAUGCGUAGCUCCUAGAGUGUUUACAAAAAUUAUGAAGGAGGUAAUAGCCUACCUACGAAGGCGAGGCUACAAGUCAGUAAUUUAUUUAGACGACAUAUUAUGUAUCGGUAACAGCUACAAAGAAUGUUCUGAUAACGUCCGUGAAACCCUUAAACUCUUGGAAUGCUUGGGCUUUGUAGUAAAUUAUGAAAAAAGCUCAUUAAUACCGUCUCAGACAUGUAAAUUUUUAGGAUUCGUUUACAAUACUCACGACAUGGCUUUGUCGUUACCUACUGAAAAACGUCACACUAUUAAUCAAUUAGUCGAAAAGUUUCAAAAAUUGCCUAAGUGCACUAUACGUGAAUUUGCACACCUCAUUGGAGUUUUGAUCGCAGCCUGUCCAGCAGUACGAUACGGUUUUCUUUAUACUAAAUUAUUAGAACGCCAAAAAUUUUUAGCCUUGCAGCAUAAUCUUAACAAUUAUGAGUCUAAGAUUAGAAUGUCUGAAUCGGUAUUAGAUGACCUUAAUUGGUGGCAAAGUCAUAUCUUCACUGCUUCAUGCCCUAUUGUAAACCAAAACUUCAAAAGAGAGAUCUAUACAGACGCAAGCAGAACAGGCUGGGGUGCCGUCUGUGGAAAUGAGAGAGUUCAUGGUAGGUGGAAAACUACAGAAUCAAAAUACCAUAUAAAUUACUUGGAACUCUUAGCCAUAUUUCUCGGAUUAAAAAGUUUUGCCAGUAACGAUUCUAACUACACAAUUUUGCUAAGGGUAGACAAUACGACAGCAAUUAGUUACAUAAAUCGCCUUGGUGGAAUUCAAUUUCCUCAUUUAAAUGACCUAGCUAGGAACAUUUGGCAAUGGUGCGAGACGCGAAACCUGUGGUUGUUUGCUUCCUACGUAAACACGAAAGAUAAUCACGCUGACGUAGAAUCUAGGAAGAUUAACCCCGAUACGGAGUGGGAGUUGUCAGAUCGCGCCUUUAGAAUGAUUAAGAAAAACUUUGGUUGCCCAGACAUUGACCUUUUUGCUUCUCGCGACAAUGCCAAAUGUGACCUAUUUGUUUCUUGGAAACAAGAACCAGAUGCGCAUGCGGUGGACGCCUUCACGCUAGAUUGGAAAACCAAAUAUUUUUACGCGUUCCCGCCAUUUUCUUUAGUUCUAAAAUGUCUACGCAAGAUUAUUGAGGAUGAUGCUAAAGGGAUUUUAGUUUUUCCCCAUUGGUGUUCACAGCCAUGGUACCCUCUCCUCCAAAACCUGCUCGAUUCUCAUAUACUUUACCUGAAUCCCAAUAAAUUCCUACUUCAAUCUCAUUUCAGGGAGUGUCACCCCCUGCAUGCCAAGCUUACCCUGGGUGUCGCGAGGCUCUGCGGACGGCGUUCACACGCCGUGGAAUCCCGCCUGACUCACUAAACUUAAUGAUGGCGUCAUUAGCCGAAAAUACUAUCAAGCAGUAUAACGUCACAUUAAAACUUUGGUGGCAAUUUUGCUCUUUGCAUAAUAUUAAUGUAUUUGUGGGUUCAAAAUCAUCUGUUCUUUCUUUUUUGACACAACAGUUUAAUAGCGGCUGCUCAUAUGGCUCCCUCAAUAGUCACCGCUCUGCGUUGUCGCUGAUUUUAGAUUUCAAUGUGGGUUCUGAUAGUUGUAUUAAGCGAUUAUUGAAAGGAGCGUAUAAAAUUAAACCUAAUAAACCAAAGUACACCUAUACUUGGGACCCAAAAUUGGUACUCAGUCAUGUAUCCAAUUGGUAUCCGAACUUAGAAUUAGGUUUAGAGAAAAUAACUAAAAAACUCGUUAUUUUAUUAGCACUUUGUACAGGUCAUAGGGUACAAACUUUCUCUUUGAUUAAGUUAGAUAAUAUUUCAAUCUCCUCAAAUGGAAUUAAAAUAGCCAUAACUGAUAUAAUCAAAACCUCUGCUCCUGGACGCGACCAGCCAGUACUGUCGCUCCCAUUUUUUCGAGAAAAUAUUAACAUCUGUCCGGCUUCAGUCCUCAAAGAUUAUAUUUUCGUAACAGAAAAUAUGAGGACCACAAAAGAUCGGAACCUCCUGCUAACAUAUAAAAAACCAUACAGAGCGGCCACAGCUCAAUCUAUCAGCCGAUGGAUUAAGCAGGUACUAGCGGAAUGUGGCGUAGACGUAGGCACAUUUAGUGCGCAUAGUACACGACAUGCUGCCACGUCGGCCGCUCGCGCUUCUGGACUUAGUGUGGAUGCCAUUAGAAAGACAGCAGGUUGGACCGCUACGUCUUUGUCUUUUGCCCGAUUUUAUGAUCGGCCAAUACAAAAUGAUAAUGGUUUUGCAAACGCAGUUGUAUUCUCAGAGAUUGAUUGACUGAUUUG